UCAUACUUCCUGUGCUAAAGGGCAGGGUGAGGGAUUAGGGAGCCAAGUAGCGGGUACUGACUGUCCCUGCACGCAUUCUAGUCCACAGGAGUAUGUUCUGUGAACCACCAGAGCCUGGAUUUUAUUCUGCCCACUCCCAGCUCAGCCAGGCUGUGGUCAUCGUGAUCGGGGGAGCCCACAAGGCCCUGCAUGCCAUCCCAGGGGAGCACUGACUCACUCUCCGGAAUCGUAAAGGCUUUGUCCGCCUGGCACUGAGGCACAGGUAAGCGGGGGCCCAGCCAGGAAUGCGUUCAAUGGUCAGAACCUCACAGUGUGUCUGGGGAUCUACAUUCUAUCCCUACACACCGGCCCCCUGGAGGUGGGCUGUGUGUUCCCAGAGCUUCCACCGUGCCCACCUCUAGAGGGCGCUCCUGGCAGACCUUGGGUGUUUCCUCUGUGCCCAGCCCUGGUGCCCAUUCCCCAGGCUUCCUCCCACACAGAGACACAGACAGGAUCACAGUGCGAAUCGCUGGACCCUGGGACUCAGACACCCUUGGUUCACAAUCUUUUACGACACCGUCUCACGGACAAGAACUUGCAAACUUCUUUUUAAAAAAAAACCCCAUCUAUUAUUUAUGUGUUUAUUUUGGCUGUGCUGGGUCUUCGUUGCCGUGUGGGCUUUCUCCAGUUUCAGUGACUGGGGUCUAGUCUCCAGCUGUGGUACGCGGGAUCUCCUUGUGGUGGCUUCCCUUGUUGCAGAGCACAGGCUCUAGGCUCACUGGCUCAGUUGAGUACACUGACUUGGUUGCCCUGCCGGAUGUGGGAUCUUCGGUGACCGGCGAUCAAACCCCUGUGCCCUGCAUUGGCAGGUGGAUUCUUAACCACUGGACAACCACGAGGGCCCCACGCUUCUUUACUUGUGAUACAGGGUUAACACCCACCUUUCCACCAUAUGGUGGUUGGUGACUGUGCAGAAAAAUGUAUAGAGGAUGGCCCAGUACACACUCGUUUCUCAAGAAACAUAAGUCCCUUCUCCCAGAGAGUUCUUUGUAGCUACUGUCAUUCGCUUCAAAUGGUCUUGGGAGGUGGUAUCUUGUUGGGGAGAAUGUGGGGGCACUCCUAGAGCCCCUGACCUGACCAGCCCUCUGCUCCCUUGCACUGCCCCCUGCCCCCUUGCACUGCCCCCUGCCCCCCAACCAAGAGCCUCGCUGAUGCCCAUGUAUUCCUUUGGGGAGAAUGAUGUCUUCAGAGUUAAGGCUUUUGCCCCAGACUCCUGGUUCCAGAUCACCUUCAAGAAGCUCGUGGGCAUUUCUCCUUGCAUCUUCUGGGGCCGUGGUCUCUUCUCAGCCAAGUCCUGGGGCCUGAUGCCCUUGGCCAGACCCAUCACUACUGUGGGUAAGUGCCCAUGUCCAGGGAAGAAGGCCUCUAUGAACUAUGUGGGCAACCAAGGCCCCUCCCCUGACCUGUGUCCCCCUGUCCCUGCAGUGGGCCGCCCCAUCCCGGUGCCCCAGUGCCCACAGCCCACCGAGGAGCAGGUGGACCACUAUCACACGCUAUACAUGAAGGUUCUGGAGCAACUGUUGGAGGAGCACAAGGAGAGAUGUGGCCUCCCGGCUUCUACUCACCUCACCUUCAUCUAGCCCUGGCCUCACCCCUCCCCACCUCACACCACCACUCCCACCAGCCCCUGAUCCCAGUGCCUGAGACCCCCACCUACUGCCAUGCUACUGUGCCAAUAAAAGCUAAAGUUCUCCCACACUACCAUUUCCUAGAAAUGGAUGUCAGCCGAGCUUAGACUCCCGCUUCGGGUGUAACCAAUGCCACGUAUAUUCCAGCCCAUCCUAGUGGGUAUGGACUUGCUGCCUUAAACUGAGUAUCACAACCUUGAAUUCUCCUCCCAGAGAGACUUAAUUCUGCUGCAUGAGCUUGCAUAAGUCUCUUCCCUUGGCUAGGUCACUUCUCCCACUGUAAAUACAGGCAAGUGCUUAGCUAAGAGCUGUAGGGUUUGCCUCUUGAGAAAUCUGUAUGCAGGUCAGGAAGCAACUGUUAGA